AUGGACGCUGCCCACGACCUGUCCGCUGACCACGAACUUGGCCGUGGGGGUCACGAGGGGCCCCUACUCGCUGCUGAGACUGCCAACGACGAUACACCUUCUUUCCUGGCAAACACAUCCACCGCGGCAGCAGCGGCGUCGUCGUCGUUGUCCUCGAGUAGUACGCCCUACGUCAGUCUCUUUUCACCCCAUGUAUCGACGACGCCGCCCACGAUAAUGCCCGACUUUGGGGCUGGCCCCUCGAUGGUCCACGAGGAGACCUACGCAACCCUCACGGCCUCACGCUCCAUGGCAUCGCUCGACAACAUGGCCAGCAUGACGAAGCGCACAUCGAGACUGAAGGUCUCGGACGAGCAGCUACCCAUAGUCCAGCUGCAGACGCGCAUCGAGCAGGCACAAAAGAGCGCCGACGACCCGACAACGCCUCUGGAGACCCAAGGCCGGAGACGCACUACCAUGGACCUCAUGCGAACCGAGCACUCUGUGCGGACCGACAUUAGUAGGCUGUUCAGCGAGAGUGUGGCAGGAGCAGGCUCGCGGGCGCCAUCCUACAGCAAUGCCACAGGCCCACUCUAUCUUCGAGCGUGCAACGAAUCAAUACCACUACCUGAACACCUUUAUACACGCGGUCUCCGUGAAGGAAGACACUCCGACAUCACCAUACUCGCCUUUGGCCAGCGGUACAACCUGCAUCGUCUCAUCCUUGAUCGCGCACCCUUCUUUACCACAGCCCUGUCAGAGCCAUGGCUAGAAAGUCGCUCCAAGGAAGUUACCCUCCACCCUGAACAAAUCGACAUCAAUAUUACGCAGGCCUCGUUUGAGCUGGCUAUAAGCAAAUUGUACGGCGUGGACAUUUCGAAAGAGGCAGACGCCGAAGCCAUAGGCCUCUUCGCAACGGGAUGUUGGUUGGAGAUGCAGGAUCUCAUCGACGCAGCCAUUGAAUCAAUACUGCGCCAGAUGGCCCCAGAGACACUGGCCUUUCUCAUUCGUCUCGUCACCACCAACUACUAUGGCCGGUCAGGGGACCGCAUCCUCGAGUCCGCCAAGGCUAUGCUCAGCAGAAACGGUUGGGAGAUGCCGCUAAAGUACUGGGAUGACAUGCCUGGUGACAUUAUCCGUGAACUCAUAGGAUCUGAUGGCUUCUUCGUCGACAGUGAAUGGGAUCGAUGGGUGCUCUCCAAGCGCCUGCUUGAUCGACGACUGCGACACGCUGCAGUGGAGGCAGGCCUGAUGCAACGAGGCCAGAAGCCCGUGCCUCAGGCCCCAACUUCACUGCGAAUGAUGGCUGUCCGUUUCGAUGGCGUUUAUCGUCAAAACGCACUCACUGCCGCUAAUGCAUCGUCUGACACAAACGCCGACUGGCUUGCUCUCUACACGAGUCCUGACAUCGAGCGUAUAUUGGUAUUGCUCGACGAGGGCAUUCACUAUAUUCACAUGGAGUUUGAACAGCUCGAGUACAUCAAGAACGCUCGUGACAUAUUUGGUCUGCCGGUAAUGCCCGAGAGAGUCAUCUCCAAUGCCUUGUGGCAACAACUUGCGCUUCGUCAGCGGGUGCUAAAUACAGAAGAGUCUGCACAAGAACUCGGCUUGGUACAGUCGCUACCAGAGCCUGAAAUGGCAAAUGUUGCCACCAAAACGGGCAGUGAUGCCAAGGCAAAAGGGAAGCAAGUGACUGUGUCGACAGAAGAGGAUUGUGGCCCAGAGUCUGAUAGCUGGGAUGGUAAUGGCAAGCCUCGCAAGUUUUGGAUACCCAGCUCAGAUUGUAACAUUGUUCUCGGUAAUGGUGCUGAUCCAGUUGUGACGACGUCGAAUUCCUUCCAGCGUCAUGCGUCGCGUCUCUCUGCUACACUUCAACCAGAAGAUGCACAAUGGGCCACCGACUUUGCUUCUACUCCUUCCACUUUUACAAACCCCAAUACACGUAUGGACUUUACACAACGACCCAUCUCCGCGGGCGGUGGCAAUGCUGGACAGCCCAAGCCAAUCGCAUACACCGAGUUCCCUCCCUUUCGCUUCUCUGCCGAGUUCCCUAAUCCACGCUUCCUGAAGGAGAAGAAGCGUGUCUACUCCCGUACAGUCUCGUACGCUGGGUCUCUCUGGAAUAUUUACAUUCAGAAGGUCCGAUCAGCCAAAAAUGUGCAACUCGGUGUCUACCUCCACCGUGCCAAAGAACGCGAAGGCGACGAGGGAAGCCACAAUAGUAGCCUGAACCAACAAAACAAUAGCUCAGUCGAUGAACGUAUCGGCCAGCUCGAACGCGAAAUGCUCAUGCGCGGCGAAAACCGCGACCGCCGUCGCACCACCCGUGCCUUUACCGAAGCAACCGCCGAAGAAGACACCAGCGGUAGCGGCGGUGACGCAGAUUCUUCUCUCGCCUCUGCAGGUCUAUCAAACCCGCUCUUUGCACACGACAGCCUAGGUCGCCGUCGCAAUACAAGAUUCGCCCAGCUAUCUCGUCGCGGAAUCACAGGACCCUCAUUCGCCAAUCCCUCUUCCACCUCACCCACUGAUGCCGAAUCCAGCAAUUCCCCCGCCUUUCCCCCAAGCACCUCCGAACACUCCGACCAUCCCUCUGAUUUCUCAGAGGAUGAAGAGGAUGAUGCGGCAUAUCCUAACCCCUCCCUCACCGCACGCUCCCAACGCAAAAUCCGCAGCCUGAUGCCCACCAUGCCGCCCUACGUCGAUGGCCGACCAACCAUCAAGACGUACUUUAAAAUCUACUCGCCGUCCAAGGGCGGCCGCAUGCUGAGUAUAUAUGAAAGCGCGCCUGAUCGAUUCAACUUUAGCCAGAGUUGGGGGUGGAAGAGUAGUACGCUCAUGCUGGAUGAGGUGGGGAUCGGGGGCGGUGGUGGAGAGGAUGGAGGUGGAAUUCCAGGCGCAGCGAGCAAGAAGACCGAUGGAAAGUUGAGGUUUAUGGUUGUUAUUGGCAAUUUGUGA